UUGAUUUUACCAUUAGUUACAAAAAUGUGUCCAAGGUGCAAAAUGUGUUUGGUGACCAUACUUGCGGUAAUAUUUUUAAUCAGUGGAGCAGCUUGUAACACAACAAUUCAAGACUUGAUCACCUUCAAUUCCAAAAUAACUUUCGACAAUGUUUCACCUGAAUGUACCGCAGCAAUUGGAGCCUUAGGAGAACGCAUUAUAUUCAUCCUUGAUGCCAACGCUAAAAUUCCAAGUGGAAUACUGAACUCCAACUUCUACGACGCUGGCUCCUACGAUGAGUGUUACCAGUUGGAAACUGGUGUUGAAGACUUGUAUGGGAAAUAUUGCAUGGGACACGUCCCACUUUCAGUACCUUCGGAAUACAAAGAAGUAAUUCAAAGAGACUCCCUUGAGUUGGUACUAAAGCUCGGGUACUGCCUUCCCAGUGCUUGCACCAGUGAAGACUUCAACAAAGUAUACUUUUGGGCAAACUUUGAUGAAGAUCUUUGUGCCACCAAAGCUGUUGUACAAGAAUAUGACGCCUCAGACAUACUAGCCAUAACGAUAUUUUCGAUAAUUGGUGGCUUGGUGGUCUUGUGCACCUCUUACGACGUCUACCUUUAUUACGCAGACAAAAGUAAGUGCCCAAAUAACUCAGUAAGUACCAAAUUAAUGAUUUAAUUUUAGAGCCGAGGCAUUUUACUUUCACGGCCUUUUCCUUGUGGACCAACUGUCA